GAUAACUAAACACGUGCUUCGAUUUCAAUACUUGUACGUUUAAAAAAUAAUAGCAACAGCCAACAACUAGCAAUAAGUAUUAUUGUAAUAUUGUACCAAGCUACUGAGUGCUACGAAGUGUACGAAAUACGAGUUACGACUACUGCCGAGUGCCGAGGACUAAGUGCCGUCUGCUGUUUGUUAAAGUGCUCGCCAGUCACAAAUACACGGUUUUAAAUUCCAAGUUGGUCUUUAAUCUAGUUUGAUAUUAAAACAAUUUAAAAUCACGAGUAUCAAAUAUAAUUCGCAUAUCGAAAUUAAUAACGAGGAACGUGUAUUUUGAAAAACAACUACAUGCAUUGCACGGUGAUUUUAUUAUCAGGCUACUGGAAAUAACUAAAUUAUAUUCUUCUGACAUGUAUCGUCCAAAUGGUUUAUCAAAUUACUCACCAAAUGGGCCUAAUCAACAAUCACAGUCAUAUACUCCUAGAUCUUUUCAACAGCAACAAUUUGGUCCACGAUUUCAAUCACCUCCACAACAGUUUACACCACCAGGAUCUUUUUAUCAACCUCCCCGACAACAUCAUGACCCCUCAAUACCUGCGUACCAAGUUCCUAAUACUGCAUUACCUCCACCUUUCUAUCAAACUCCUGUCCAAAAUCAAUUACCAAUUCAACAUAUUGAAAUACCGCCAAAUUCUAAUUACCCACCUCCAUCUGCUGGUCCUUGUUUUAACCAACAAUCAGUACCUCCCUAUAGAACACCUGGACAAGUAUUUAUACCACCUAUCCAAAAUUUUAGUCAACCUCCUCCUAUUCAAAAUUAUAAUAAUUGUCCUCCAAUUCAAAACUACAACCAGCCUCCUCCAAUCCAAAAUUUUAACAAUCCAAAUAUACCACCCCCAUUUCAGUCUAUAAAUUUAAAUUGCAAUCAGCCAGUUGGCUCUUCAUACCAGUCUCCAAGCCCUGGUAUUAAUGCAACACCAAAUAAUUCAUUUCGACCUCAAGUACAGAAUCCUGAACCAUACAAAUUACCAGCAGAUCAAUGUUAUCAACAACAGCAGUCUCCAUUUAAUUUACCUAGACAUGAAUUCAAUCAAAGGCCUUCUUUUAGGCCUCCUGGACAACAAAGAUUUCCCUUUAAUAAACAAAAUCCAAGAUAUCAGCAAUCACAACAUGAUAAUAGAUUUCAAUUUAAACCUAGACAGCAAUAUCAAAAUUAUCGCCCUAGAGGAGGACCUCCUCUUAGUUUUAAUAAUCAGAGUAAAAGUAAUUUUGUACCUAAAAAUGAUAAAAACCAAGUAGCAUGUGAAUUAGGUGAUUGUGACUUUGUGGGACAUGCUAGUGCUGUUAAAGAACAUCAAAAUAUGCAUCAUCGAUUGGGACUACACAAGAAAGUGUUGUAUAGUAAUAACUCAGAUGCUAUUAAAAAUUGGAUCGAGGAAAGAAAGAAAAAAUGGCCAACUAAAGAAGCCAUUAAAACAAAAGUAGAUAUAGAGGAUGAAAAAAAUAAGAGAGGGGAACGUAUAGCAGAUGAAGAUUUCCAGAGAUUUAAUAAAAAAAAUAAAACUAACAAUUCUGGAAAUAAACGAUUUAACAAUAGAAAACGACCAAGGUUUAAUGGUGAAUUCACAGAACCUGUUGAAGAACCAAUGAAUGGAAACUUAAAACGUUUUGCUGGAAUAGUUGGUAUUGUUAAGGAUGAACAAUUAGAAGAGUCGAAUAAAUCAGUUGUAUUAAAACUAUUAGAGCAAUAUGAUCAAUCUAGUGAUGAUCUAAGUGACAAUGAACCACCUGAAGAACUACCUAUAGUUAGAACAUCUGAGUCACUAGAGAAUAAAAAUGUAUUAGAACAAAAUGAGAAACCAUGUUCUUCAUCAGUAAUAGAAACUUCAAUAAUAGAGAAAAACGAAGAACCCAGUUCUACUCCAGUAAUAGAUGCUUUAAUAACUGAAAAAAAUGAAAAUUCAAAUUCUACUUCAAUAAUUAAAAACAAAGAAGUCGAUUCCACUUUAAUAAUUGAUCGUGACAGUGAAGUUAUUAGCACUGAUGUUAAAACUGACGUAUGUUCUAAAACAAAUGAUAAAUGUGAAAAAUCCAUUAAUGAACGUGGCCAAAAACGUAAAAACACUUCCAAAAAAGAAUCUAAACCAGUCAAAAAAAUGCCACCAAUGAAGACACCACGAACUGAAAUUGUUGAAAGGAAGAGUGCCUUGUUGGAAGCUUUGAUGGGAGAUUUAAUGCGCAGAGAACGAAACACUAUCACUCAAUGUAUUUGUUACAUCAGAAAUAACAUGAAUCGUUUCUGUAAAAUUCAAGUCUCUUAAAAAUUGACGUUUUGUUAUCAUUUGUUUUUCUAUUGAAGCAACACACAAGAAUAAAGUAAUAUGUGUAUUAUUGUUUUUAAAUGCAAUAUUGUUAUGAAUUUAUUUGUAUUUGAAUGUGGAAGUUUGUUACGAUAAAAACUACACUGGUAAUUACUCUGUAAAUAUAAUAAUAAUUAUAUUUUAAUAUUUAUAUAUUACAACAAUAUUGAC